UGACGCACGUUUUGUUGUGGAGCGCGCCAACACAGCAGCCAGCAUCCAGAGUGGUAGUGCUUAAAACUAUAGAGAAAUAACUGUUAACCUAGCUUGGAGCUAAAUAAACAGUUGACCGGACUCAUGGCUUCUACAAAUAAAGCGGCGUUACAGACCAGAAAUUUACCAUGGGUUGAAAAAUACAGACCACAGACUCUGGAUGAUCUGAUUUCACACAAAGAUAUUCUAAGCACCAUCCAGAGGUUCAUCAGCGAGGACAAGCUUCCCCAUCUCUUGUUCUAUGGCCCCCCUGGAACAGGCAAAACCUCCACCAUUCUUGCCUGUGCCAGGCAGCUGUACAAAGACAAAGAGUUCAACUCCAUGGUGCUGGAGCUAAAUGCAUCAGAUGAUAGAGGUAUUGAUGUGGUGCGAGGUCCUAUUCUGAGUUUUGCCAGCACCCGGACCAUCUUCAAGAAGGGCUUCAAGUUGGUGAUACUGGACGAGGCUGAUGCCAUGACCCAGGAUGCCCAGAAUGCAUUGCGGCGAGUGAUUGAGAAGUUCACAGAAAACACUAGAUUCUGUCUGAUCUGCAACUACCUGUCCAAGAUCAUCCCGGCCCUGCAGUCUCGCUGCACCAGGUUUCGCUUCGGCCCGCUGUCCCCGGACCAGAUGAUCCCCCGCCUGGAGCAUGUGAUCCAGCAGGAGAGUAUUGACAUAACUCCAGAUGGAAUGAAGGCCAUUGUGACCUUAUCAUCAGGUGAUAUGAGAAGAUCACUCAACAUACUGCAGAGCACCAGUAUGGCGUAUGGGAAGGUCACAGAGGACACAGUUUACACCUGCACAGGUCACCCACUCCGCUCAGACAUAGCCAACAUCCUCGACUGGUCUCUCAACAAAGACUUCACCACAGCAUACAAACAAAUCCUUCAGCUGAAGACUUUGAAAGGUUUGGCUCUGCACGAUAUCCUCACUGAGAUUCAUCUGCUCAUACACAGAGUGGACUUUCCUCCAGCUAUUCGGAUUGGUCUGCUCAUCAAGUUGGCCGACGUAGAACACCGGCUCGCCUCAGGAACAGAUGAGAAGAUCCAGCUGAGCUCCAUGGUCGCAGCUUUCCAGGCAGUGAGAGACCUCGUGGCCAGUGAGGCCUCCUAGAUACAGUAACUGCUUUACCCCACAACAAAAAUCUGUCUCUUAAAUGCUAACCAGAGCCAUGUGAAGAGAAAAAAUUUCAAUGACGCAUUACUGGCCACAUUCACUCUAGUUUGUACCACAGUGAAAAACAAGGGUGCCAUCCAGAACUCUGUAACCCCUCUAAAAGAGAGAUUGGUCUUUUAUCUCUUGCUGCUUUUGUCAAUGUAACCACAACCUUUUAAACAGUUUGGCCAAAAUCCUGCUGCAUCCAAGAUCCUUUCUAUAAGGCUGUAUAAUUUUCACUUGUUUAUUUCUCUCCCUGUGGCUGUGGUGUGCAGUGUUUGUUUGUUUUUGGAAGAAAACAGAUGUCCUUAGGUGUCCACUGCGUGAUUGCCCACCACUGCUCCACAGCCUGAAUGUACAGUGCGGCAGAUGUCUCCGACACAGAUGCUAGCAGCUAUCUGAGUCACUCCCAUCUGCAUGCAAACUGAGCAAAAUGGAAGGCAGUUGAUUUGUAGCGCCAGCACCAAAAACCAUCCAUCCUGUGGGCUCUCGGUUAAAAUAUAGACAGAAAAUCUAAUUACCAGGAUCAAUGCACAGUCACUGUAAGAAUAAUAACUCUUGGACAUGUAAAUGUUUGAAUCUGUUUAAUAAAACUAUUUCCUAUAA